AGAAUUCAACUCUAUUACACUGAAUGGUACCCGGACAAGUGAGAGCGUGACCCAUGGUUUUAUAGAUUCACAGCCAUCGACACACCGUUUAAGACGGCGCGAGGUCCCGUCAACAUUUUCAGAUACUACAACUAAUCAAAUUCUCAAACCUUCAAACUACAUUCGAAAUGUCUGCCUUUUACUACCACCACCCAGCUUCCCCUUACCAACCGACUUACACCAGGCCUCGACCUUCAGCAGCUUUCAUCGGUCCAUAUCCCACCUACUCAACUACCUACAUGACACCACAACCACGAUACCAACACCCCGUUAUAACCAUCCCAAGCCCAUCGCCACUUCUUCAGGCCCCGACAAUGUACACGCCACCCUGGGCGAUUGGUCCUUCUAUGUUUCACCCCCAACCAAGUGAGCCUCUCACUCCUGCUGCAUCCGAACACCCUCACCAACCUGCCACUAGUCCGCUAGAAGCUUCGCCCUCUCCACCACCUCUUCCAGCACCACCAGCUACUCGAUCCUUUCAUAUUCGCAUUAUUCUCAUCAGCGCUUCCACAACCAUUUUAUCAGACGCUAAGCUGGAACUAGCGUCCCUCACGGCACAAGAUGUGCAAGGAGCCGUUGCUUGUGUUGCUGCGCAGAAUGGCGUGAGUGACGAAGAAGAUACAUCUGUCCGUGUGAUGCGAACAAAGGGCCAAGUUGGUGUUCACUGCCACCGCGGGCGAGUAGUUGUUCUCGGCGAAGUAGUCAAUGUGGUGGAUUCAGAUGGCGAUGGAUGGGAAGAUAGACUAAACGAUAUGUUGAGAGAGACUGGGGAGCAUGAAGACAUUAUGGUUGUUGUCGAGAUGCGAGAGGAGAGGAAACAGUCUGUUGCGUCCAAUAGUAGACGAUCAACAGCAGCCAGUGUGUCUUUGGAGAUGUCUGGUGGUAGACAAUCUGCUGCAGCGGCGAGUGUGCGAUCAGGCAGAGAAUCGGUUCGAAGUGUUCACUCGAGGAUAUCAGAUGGCGGACAAUCAGCAGCAAGAAGUGUUCGUUCGCAGGCACCAUCACCUGCAAGCGUCCAUUCAGACGCACCAACACAGGCUGAAGAGGCAGUUAAUCCUGCCCCUCCAGCCCGUGUAGACGGCAUCGUGGCGCCUCCAUCACGGCAACCAAGUCAGCGAUCCGGACACAGCAGCCCACGAACCAUGUCUCUACAUCCCAGUCAGCCAGGCUCACCAGCAGGAAGCAUUCGAUCUCAAAGAUCUCGUAGGAGCAGUGCGCAGCAUGAUGCAAAUCUAGGAGACGCUGCUUCUCUCAAGAGCGUUCACUCCAAUAUCCCAGCUUAG